UAAGAGAAAGAAAUUUUUGAUAUUUCAAUAUUUGUUGAAAUAAAAUAAUUCUAGCUUUAGUUUAUAACUUAAAAUGGCACAUAUGAGACGUUCAAAAAAGAAGGAUAUGGAUUCUGUUCUUAUUGAUGCUGAAUUCCGUAUAAAAGCUGAGAAAAUGAUUGAAAAGUUUUUUCAUUCAAAUGAGACAGUUUUUCAGUUUCCAUCAAUCUUAACUAACGUCGAACGAGCAUUUGUUCAUAAUCUGGCACCUAAAUAUAGCUUAAAAACAAAAUCACAUGGAUUUGGAUCUGAGAGGAAACUGUCUUUAUUUAAGCUGGUUGAGGAUGAGAACUUUGUUCAUAAAAGUGCUAAUAUGGCACUCCGUCCUGAAGUCAAAACAUUGAUUAAUGACUAUUUAAACACAUAUCAAAUGCCAUCUGAAGUUGCAAGUCCAGUGGAAGCAAAAGUGGAUAUUAAUAACUUUCAACCUUUUGCAUUAACUUGUUCCCCUAUUAUUCCUCCAAAGCUUAAUCAGCCUGAUAGUAGGAUAUUACAGAUACGUAAAAACUUAUCAAUUCAUGAGUACAAAGAUAGAAUAAUGCAGACUAUUGAUAAGAAUAGGAUAAUAUUGAUACAGGGAAGCACUGGAUCUGGCAAGACAACACAAAUACCACAAUACAUCAUGGAAACAGCAUCGUACAGGAAUGAACCAUGUAGGAUACUCUGUACACAGCCUAGAAGAAUAUCAGCUAUUGCUAGUGCUGAAAGAGUUUGUUAUGAACGUGGUGUAACCUUAGGAACUAGUAUAGGCUAUCAAAUAAGAUUAGAUUCACAAAUUUCUGCUAAUACCAACUGUAUAUUUUUGACUCCUGGAGUAUUUUUACGAUAUUUAAUGGGUAAAAUGCCUGAAAGGCUCUUUAAAAAUGUCACGCAUAUCUUAAUAGAUGAGGCUCAUGAGCGAGCUAAAGAAAAUGAUUUCCUUCUUACAUCCAUUAAAGAACAUUUUCAUGCAAAUCCAAAUAUGAAACUAAUUAUCAUGUCUGCCACAAUGGAUACUGCUGUUUUUCAUAAUUAUUUUGGUAAAAGUGAAGAAAUUUCCAUUCUUACGAAACAAUUUAAUGUGGAGGAAUACUAUUUGGAGGAUGUUUUAAAGAUGGUCAAUUUCACAAAUCCUAAAGUUCAGGAAUUGAACGAAAAGUAUAGGUCUGGACAGCUUAUUCAAGCAUCGACAAGUGCUUUUAUAAAUGAGUCCAUGAAUGAAAAUGCUGACUUGGAUGCAGAUAGCUUUGAUGAUGAUCUGAAGGCAUACAUUGACGAAUUGCUUAAUAAUAUGGGAACUCAUGAUAAUCCAGAGAAUUAUUUUGAUGAAUUUCUAUACCUAGUAAUGAAUGAAGGUGUUCCAGUCAAUUAUCGUCAUUCUCAAACUAAUAUGACGGCUUUAAUGAUUGCAAUUGGACGACAAUGGGUUGAAAUGAUUGAAAAGCUAUUGAAAAUUAAUGCUGAUCCAAAACUAAAAGUUGAUGUUUGUGGAUAUGAAAUGAAUUGUAUAGAUUUUGCUGAGAAGAUAUGUGGUGCUGAGUCGAGAAUCCUUCAUGUCCUCAAAAGUAUCGAAAAUGGUCCUAAAUCCAACAGUCUGUCUAAUGAUGAAGUCUACAAUAAAGCACUGUUAAACAUUUAUCAAGAUUCGGUUCUUAAAACAAAGCAAAAUAAUUUUGUUGUGGAAGAAACAAUCGAUCAUAUUUUAAUUGUUCAGCUUGUACAGAAGAUCCAUAUUUCAACAGAAAAAAAUGGAGCCAUCUUAAUCUUUUUACCCGGAUUCGAUGAUAUUCUUCAACUAUCGAGGCUUAUAAAUGAGACAAUUACACAUGAUUUCACACUUUUUAUGCUCCAUUCAAGCAUGAAAACUGAUGAUCAAAAGAACGUCUUCAAGCCAACUGCACAAGGCAGACGAAAAAUAAUAUUAUCGACAAAUAUAGCUGAAAGUUCAAUUACUAUUGAUGAUGUCGUUUAUGUAAUAGAUGUCGGUCGGGAAAAGCAAAAAUCUUAUGAUUGUAUUUCUCAUUCAUCAUCUCUUCGCGUCCAAUGGAUUAGUAAGGCAUCAGCAAAUCAAAGACGCGGAAGAGCAGGUCGUUUGAGAGAUGGUAUUGUAUAUAGAAUUUAUUCACGCGAUCGUUUUACUUCUAUGCUUGAUGUAACCAUCCCUGAAUUACUAAGAACUUCAUUGACUGAAGUAUGUCUACAGAGUAAAUUGUUGGUUGAAGACAAUAAGAAGAUUGAGGAAUUCUUGCAAAGUUGCAUAGCAGCACCAUCAAUUGCGAAUGUAAGGCAGAGUAUAAAAUAUUUGCAAAAGAUGGGAGCUUUGAAUAAAGAAGAGAACCUUACACAUCUUGGUUCUCAUUUAGUUGGAAUGCCACUAGAAGCAAAAUAUGGAAAAAUGAUCAUUUAUGCCAUAAUCUUUAAAUGUGUAAAUCCCAUUUUGAGCUUAACAAGCAUUUUAACUAUGGGUGAUCAGGUUUUCGUUCUCCCUAUUAAUCCAGCUGAUCGCUAUAAGUGUGAAAAGUGGAAACGAUCUGUAGCUUAUGAUUCAUACAGUGAUCAUUUCCUAAUGAUUAAAAUUUUCAAUCAUUUCCUUCAUUUAAAAAAUACUCGACAAAAUGAAAAGAGAUUCUGUGAGGAACAUUUCAUUAGCAGCUAUCAUGUUGAGCAAGUCCGUGGAAUUCGAAAUCAGAUACUAAACUAUCUUCAUUCAAGUGGCUUAUUAAAAGAUAAUUCUCAUGACAUGAAUAAGAAUUCUAAUAAUUGGCCAUUAAUAAAAUCAGUUGUUGCUGCUGGUCUUUAUCCAUUUAUUGCUCGAGUUGAAAGGAAGAAAGGACAAAUGUAUACAGAAAUUGAUAAUAAAUUGACGUUCCAUAUGAGCAGCAUAAUGUAUGUUAAAAAAGAAGGAUUUAGACAAACUAUUAAAAAUAUUCCUUAUGACUGGACAGUUUUUGAAGAAAAGAAUCGAGUUGGGAGAGUUAGUAUGCUGAAAUGCAAUACAUUAUUGAGCAAUCUACCAAUGUGCUUAAUGGCUGGGCUUGAUUUAAAAGAGGAUAAAAAAGAAAUUGUUGAAAAUGAUGACGAUGACUGGGAAGAUGAUGAUGAUGAUAGUGACGAUGAACCAAAUAAUUUUGAUGAUUUCUCGACACUCAAAGUUGAUAAUUUCCUUAAAUUCUUCAUAUCUCAACGAGACUCAUCUUCAGUCCUUGCAUUUAGACAAAGAUUAAAUCAUUUGAUAACAAGAUUUUUAUCUGAGAAACAUUUCAAGCAUUCAAGAGUUGAGAACGAUUUGGUUGAUGUCGUAGCAAACAUUCUUGCUAAUGAAGAUAGUAGAACUGCAAGUAUGGACUUAAAUAUUAUAGAAAAUAUUGAGAUUCCAUCUUCGUUUAAUGCUCAAAACCGCAAUCAAAACAAUCGUGGAUAUGACAAUAGAAAAUCUAAUUCCUCAAGAUCAGGAAAUUAUCAAAGAAAUCAGCAGCAAAAUUGGCAACAAGGACAUUCUCAAAAUUCAAUGCAAUCUAAUCCUCAACCUGAAAGAAAUCAAUCAUACAAUGACCAACAAAACUCGAGACCAUACGCUAGAGAAGACAAACGUGGUGGAUUCACACCAAAUGAUAGAAAUCAACCGUCCAAUUCAAGAUCGAAUCAGAAUCAGUCAUGGAAUAUGAAGAGAAACAAUACAUCACAAAGAUUAAAAUAUUUUAUCUUAAAAAUGAAUAAUCAAAAGUUACUAGGCAAUAUGACUGCAAAUACUGUGAUUAAUAUUGAUGAUCUUAAGCUCAAAGUAUGGCAGUUUCAUAAAAUCAGAAGCUUAACACAAUCUGGAAAUUUAAUUCAUUUAAUUCUAUACUCAACAUCUACAAAACAUUUCCUUGGAUAUGGAACAGUUUCAAAAGUUGAUGAAAAUCGUCCACUUAUGUUCCAUUUCCGAUGUUCACAUUACUUGCCGUUAGGUGGACUAGGUUCUACGAAAUUCGCACAAGACAUCGCACAUCCAUUGUCGCAACAGUCAUUUCAAUUUCAUGAAUUAGAUUCGACAGCAGGAAGCUCAUUGAUUCACUUUUUUGAGUCUGAUUGAUAUUAAGAGAUGAAAAGUAUUUUAUUUUACUGACUAAACUAAAUAAAUUUAUAAAACAGCUGUGAAUUUUUGGACAGUAACUAAAG